CAGAUCACGUAUCCGAACUGGCCCGUCAAUCAGAGAACAAAACCCUGCUACUCUUUUGGCAUGUGUACCAAGGCAUGGCAGUCCUAUCCCGGAAACCAAUCGAAAACCUCUACAGGGAAAUCAUGAACUACGUAGUGAUCGAUUCCACGGAAGCCAAGCCGGCCGUAAGCCCCGAAGAAAUCGUCGCCAGUGUAACGUCGUUUUUCACAGAACUUUUUCCGUUGGCCUACCAUCACUCCGCCGACAUAUCAAACAAAGACUUCACUUUGAAUUAUAAGGCGUGUCUGAAAAAGUCAAUUGACUUCAUAUCACCUUUCGGAGAUAUUCCGAAACAACUUGCUCAAUCUUUGUCGAAAAGUUUGGAAGCUACGCAGCUUCUAUUGCAAGCAUUCCGCAUAGGAACGGAAGUUCUGAACACCACAGACACAUUGCUCAUAGACGAACAUAGUGCGGGAAAUUCCGAAUGCCACACCGCACUUUUGAAAAUGACGUAUUGCCCGAAGUGUAUGGGCUUGCGGAAAAACACCAAGCCUUGUUCGGGCUACUGCCUCAACGUCCUGAGAGGGUGUAUCACAAAAUACGUAGCGGAACUGGAUCUACCGUGGAACGGAUACGUUGAAGGUAUCGAGAGCCUUUUGAACGCUAUGAAGAAAAGUAACAACGACGCAGGGAUCAAUGCUGAUGCCGUCAUCAGGAAUUUAGACACAAAAAUUUCGGACGCUAUAAUGCACUAUAUGGCAAAUACGAAAGAUAUCGACGAUAGGGUAAGUCAUAAUAAUAGUUUCAAUUGUAGACUAGUUUUCCUUCAGUAA